UUCACCCUGUGACAUUAAAGUACAUUGAAACAAGUUACAUUCAAUUUUUACAUGGUCUGUGCCAGGAACAGGACCCAGGUCCAUCUGAAAUAAACAGUGACCUGCAGGAACAGGCAGAUGAUCAUGACGAGGAGCAGUCAGCUACUCAAACUGAGGGGAUCCGCCCUGAACACCCCUUGGAUGGCCCGUACCAGCCCAGUCCAAGGGAAAUUGAGCCACAAACACUGCUGAAUCGGACUCUAAAGUUCCAGGAUAGUUGGUAUCAAGCAUUCCCUUGGCUGCAUUACAGCCAGCAAGUGAAGGGGGUUUUGUGUUUCCAUUGCAUGACUGCUUUUGCAAAGCAAAAAUCAACAUUGGCCAAAUGUGCUGAACAAACAUUUAUCUCGGCAGGGUUCCGAAACUGGAAGAAAAGUAGGGAAGCUUUCAGCAGACACCAAAACUGCAAGGCACAUGCGAUUGCUCUGAAUACACAGCCACACAUACCGCAUUCUAUUAGAAUUCAACUGUGCAGCCCUCUAGCAAGGGCUCAAGAGGCAGCCAGGUUGGCGCUUUUACAAAUUGUAGGUGCUGUGAGGUACCUCUCAAAACAGGGCUUGGCUCUUAGAGGCCAUUCCAAGAAGGACGGAAACUUCCAGAGUUAUCUCAGAGAUAAGGCGGAGGAUGACCCCAACCUGGCAAGCUGGCUGGAGAGAGAGCAUUCCUACACAAGCCCUGAAAGCCAAAAUGAGAUACUGAGCAUCAUGGGUAAUAUUAUAAUUGGGGGGAUAGCCGCAGAGAUUUCUGCCUUACCUGUGCUGCAGUACUCCCUUAUAAUGGAUGGAACACAGUAUGUCAGUGGCACUGAGCAGAUCUCCAUCUGCCUCCGCUAUGUGGACCAAGAGCUGGAGCCAAGGGAGGAGUUUGUGGGCUUGUACGAGGCCUCUUCCACAACUGGCGAGCAUCUCUGGAGAAUUGCCUCCGAUGUGCUGCUCCGUCUCAAUCUUCCACUCUCGGGUCUUCGUGGCCAAACCUAUGACGGAGCAGCAAACUUGUCGGGGAACCUAUCUAGGAUGCGAGCUUUGGUCCGAAGCGAACAGCCGCUUGCCAGUUUUGUCCACUGUGGUCCUCAGUUUGUGAACCUGGUCAUACAAGCAACCUGCUCAUCCACACCAGUUGUGAGUGAUGCUCUCCAGUGGAUCCAUGACCUGGGUUGUUUGUUUGGCCAGUCUGGGAAAUUCAAAACCAUCUUUAAACAGAUAGCCAUAUCUGAAAAUGGCUCACUCACCACCAUUAAGCCGUUGUGUGCCACCAGAUGGACUGUGCGAACGCCAGCGAUCAAGUCUGUCCUCACCCAAUACGAGGUGAUCUUGGUUGCACUGGAGGAGAUGGCUUCAGCGAAAGAGGAAGUCUUAGCUCCUCGAGCAAGUUGCCUUCUUGACCAACUCCAGAAAGGAAACGCAGUACUUGGCCUUCUACUUGGGCAGGAUAUUCUCUUGAAACUUGAAGGUCUCAAUAAAAGCUUGCAUGGGAGAGCAGUAACAAUUGGAGCGAUGUUACAGGCUGUCGAUUGCACAAAGAAAGCGUUUGUGGCACAGAGAACGAGCGAGACAUUCAUGAGGCUUUACUGGAGAGCUGUGGAAUUCACAACAUCUCUCGAUCUGCAGCCAAUAAAUCUACCACAUGUACGGAAACCAUCAAACCGAUAUGAUGGGCCUGCAAAUAGUCCCACCUCGUCUUCUGCAGAGGAAUAUUUCAGGGUGCAGUUUUUCUCUGCCAUCGACACGGCAAGCAUGCAGCUGGAUGAGAGAUUCAACCAGGAGAGCCUUGGCAAUUUGGCCAUGUUGGAGCAACAGCUACUGUCUGGGGAAAUUAGCGAGGUAGUAGAGCUCUACCCAGAAUUGGAUGCACAGCUGCUGCCAGUGCAACUAGCUAUGCUGAAGGCAAAUAACAAGUUCAAUACUAGUCAGGAAGUCAGUAAUAUCUUAAAGACCAUGGUACCAGAAGUUAGGCGGCUGUUUCCCCAAGUGGAGGCUCUCGUUAGGCUGUUGCUUGUGGUCCCAGUGUCUUCUUGCAAAGCUGAACAGAGCUUCAGUGCGCUGCGCCGUUUGAAGACUUUGCUCCGCUCCACGAUGUCGCAGUCACGACUCAACAGCGUAUCAGUCUGCCAUGUCCACAGGGAGAAGCUAGAAAAAAUAACCAGGAAGGAAAUAGCUACUGCCUUCAUUGGCACAUCGGAGAGGCGUGCACAUUUGUUUGGGACAUUUUAAUAGGCAGAAUUGGCAAUAGGCUUACGUUUGUUAGUAUUUAGUACCUGUUUUGUGUUCUGCUAGAAUUUGCAAUCAAAAAGCUGUGUUUCUGGGUUAUUUUUGCAAUCAAUUAAAAAAUAUGCUGAAUUGCCAUCCUUAUCUGGUCAGAGUUCUUACUUUGGCAUUUUCACAACAACGUAGUGCACCCAGCUAUUUUCAGUCCACACAAAGGCACUUGCAGCAGGUCUGGAGCUCAACAGGGUGGCCUAGAGAAGGACCAAAAUCAAAUGGGUGGGCAUCCGUGUCAGAUAUAUAACCACUAGGCCUACACACUUGGAAUUUUGUAACACUAGCCCAUUAAUAACAAGCUUGGAGACAUAGUCUUCUCGCUCACCCGUUUGAAUCUACUCUCUGAUCAAAGAAGCUUUUUUAGGUUAGCCACAGGCUGCAAUUAAUUGCUUACGAACAAAAACAUGCAAAUGAAAUGUCACAGCACCAACAACUUGACUUUGCAGUUUUCCUCUAGAAUCUUUUGUAGCAGUGGUGCUGUGAGUUGUGCAAAAUAAACAACCUUUAAAUGGUUACUUCUAUUGAGAUUUUUUAGGGAAAAAUUUACAGAUUGAGCUUUCAAAUAUGACAUAACAACAGACGGAGUCACGGUAUCUGCUGAGACCGGAUCAUUGUGCAAAUUUUUAUUUUUUAUUUUAUUUUGCAGUGGCGCUGGCCAUCCAGCAGCCGCAGUGCGACGCUGCUGAAUGCAUAUAGGGGAAACACUGGACUUUGUUAAGUCAACACAUGGGAAGGCUGGGCGAGGGUAGAGUAGCAUUAACGUUACCGUCCCUAUUGAACUCAUCUGAACUCUGACUGCAUCUAAUGAUAAAAUUAUGUAAUGCUGUGAACUCCGAAGUAAGUAACGCAAACAGCCGGCGGUUCCAACUUUACUGUGGCAGCUAGGCUAGGUCUACCUGGCUUCUAGAAGCUAAUGUUGGCUAGGGUCAAGUUCAAUGAUAGAACUUAGAAACUAUCAAGAUGACUUGCUCGCUGCCCUCGGUCAAAACUACCACAAAAGAGGUUUUACUAAUAGUCAAAAAUAAAUAUAAAUACGUUACCUCCACCUCUCCUAAAAUGCAGGCGGCAACUGCAGCAGAUUGUCCAUUGAAGCAAAACAGUCAGGUUGCAUAGAGAAGUAGUCCUUAGAAGGGAAGGCACAUUGUUUUCAGCUGCAUAACUUACAUUAUGUCAUCAUCCAAUCAUGUGCGAUUCCCAUUUAAAAGUAACAAGCUCUAUUGGCAGACGGGUGCCACCCAACCGUCCCCCAUCCAAGAACUGAUAACAAUGUUAAAAUUGUUAAACUGUUGACAGAGAAUCAUGUACCCCUUGGCUACCUAAUAGCAGUAUGGCUGUGUUCCGUAUCCGGAUAGACUUUUUGUGGAUUUGUUGGCAUCUGUCAAGAAUUAUAUGUGCUAUGAACUCAUCUUUUUUUUUUUUACUGAAUUCAACUCGAGUCAAUUUUUUAUUUUUUAAUAAUUGGUGGGUACAAGAUGAAUCUUGAUGAAAACUGGUAGGUACGCGUCCCAAGCGAAAACGACUCCUAUGGAUGCAAUGCUCCCCCAAUUUGAGUAUUCGGUGUAGGUAAUAGAAGAUAAAAAAAUAUUAAAAUCCUUCUCCAUCAAUCCUCUAUGGACACACCUGCUUGACUCCAAGUGGAAUCGGGAUUAUGUAAUUAAGAAAAUAAAAUAGUAUUACUUGAAACUUGUAACGUGUUUUUUUCAACACAAUCCUUGAU